GGCAGUGAGCACUACUCUUCAGUUAGCUAGCUAAGUCAUGUUACCCAUCUGGACACUUCUACUUCUACUAGUUCUUUGUGCCGCCGGAGUUCUGGGCCACAACGACUCCGUGGUGGAGCCCCGCAUUGUGGGCGGCACCAAGGCGAACGAGGGUCAGUUUCCGCACCAGAUCUCACUUCGCCGACGUGGCAGUCACACCUGUGGUGGCUCCAUCAUCUCCAAGGAUUACGUGGUCACUGCGGCACAUUGCGUGAAGCAAGGCAACAAUGUAGCACCAGCUAACCAGCUGGAGAUUCAGGCGGGCAGCCUGCUCCUCUCCAGCGGCGGAGUUCGCGUUCCAGUGGCCACCGUCACCGUGCAUCCCAACUACAAAGGUAAUGGCUACGAUGUGGCCGUGUUGCGACUGCGCGAUUCGCUGGCCCUCAACUCCAACGUGGCCGCCAUCCAGCUGGCCAGCGAUGAUCCGCCCAACGAUGCCAACGUGGACAUCUCCGGCUGGGGUGCCAUCUCGCAGCGUGGACCGAUCUCCAACUCCCUGCUGUACGUGCAGGUGAAGGCGCUGUCGCGGGAAACGUGCCAGAGGAGGUACCUCCGCCAGCUGCCGGAGACCACCAUGUGCCUGCUGCAUCCCAAGGACAAGGGCGCCUGCUACGGCGACUCCGGCGGCCCGGCCACCUACCAGGGCAAGCUGGUCGGCCUGGCCAGCUUCGUGCUCGGCGGCUGCGGACGAGCUGCGCCCGAUGGCUACGAAAGGGUCUCCAAGCUGCGCACUUGGAUCGCCGCGAAGGCCAGCUUGUAAACUAAAAACUGGUAAAAAAAACUAUAUAUAUAUCCCAACUUUAUUUUUUUCUCAUGAACUUUAGCAACUUAGCAGAAUUAUAUGUUGUUAAAAGCGCUUAAAUCAAAUAAAAUAUUAUCAGCAAUGCACAGCUUUCUUAA